AUGGCGGUGAGAACUAUCGGCCCUCAUCAGCCAUUGUCAACAAAUUGUUCAUCCGACGUGAAGCGCCAGGAAGAGAAGCAAGCUGGCUCUAAAAGAAAGCAGUUUAGAAAAUGGCUACACAGUCUCAAGGAACAUGCCCCGUCUCCAGACUACAGAGACGAAGAGACUGUUCUCAUCGACAUCGCAGAUUCAUAUUUGGGAUUUUUGGAUCCCCUGUCGUACGUUCCCGUGUUAACAACAGGCGAAGCUGCGAUGCUUGACUGCGAGAAGCAAUCACCCAGCCGGACACAUAGCAAACGAUUGCGCGAGUUUCUGAGGGAACAUUUGAAGCGGAGGCCUUCCACCCACAAGGACGGCAGAGCAUUGCAGUCGCGAGACCAGGGCCCGGAGAGUUCGCUAAACAUGUCCUGUAGCGAGGCGAAUGAGGCUGUUGUUGGUGAUAGCCCAAGCCAGUUAGACAGGCCAGUAUGUGAGAACGAAUUCACAAUUCUAAAAAGCGAAGCUGUUGAAGGCUUGGCGCCUAUUAAGCAGGAAGACGAUUCUCAGGGCUCAAGAUCCGCAGACGGUUUGAAAGAACCUUGCUUUAUUCUUCAGCAAGAUGAGGACGCUGGGCAGAACAGUUUGAAGAGGACAUCAGAUUCGCCGCUAGCGGAUAACUCUACGGAAUCUAAGCGAACCUGUUUCGAAAGAGAGCCCGAGCGCAAUGAUGACGGUUUUAUUGACGAGAGCUCAUCGGUGUACUCGGAUGUCCCUUCUCCUGAGGCUUCAAUUUGCAAGACACCGCCAGCAGUGUUGACAAAACCAUGCGAAGGUAAUGUAACACCUUCGCGAGGCGCUGGAGACGAUAGUAAUAGCGCGCCAUUGGAGGACAAGCUUUACGUUGUCAUAGAAAAACUCAAAGCUGCUGUCCACCCACGUUCGUCGGGUAGCGCCAAGUUUGAGCCCGCUGACUGUUCCGCAUCUAGCGACAAGAUUGCUUCUCCAGUCUACGAACCAACUUUCAUUCGAGUUCCUACGUUUAGACAGAGCCUCAGAAGGAUGCAUGCGCGCGGGCUCCUCGAGGAUGUGAGAAACGGUACGAUAAAGGAGGAAGAUUUGUUGAAGUUGGCUAAAAGAGAGCCAGAAAGCUUCAAUUUCAGAGAUGCCAAGUUUUUUGAAAAGGACUCUGAGGCUUCGGGAUCGUCAGAGUCUUCUAAAAGCCUUGAAAGUAGUCGUUUUUACAGCGUCAAAUUUGAUAAAUUCUCGCAUCUUUUGAUGUAUGAUGCCACAAAGAGGUUUCACUCUGACAGAUGGGGUACCUUGCGAUCUGCCAAUCUUUCAACCGGCAGUAAGGGCAAAGCUAAGCCGUGUCCAUUAUUAGAAAACGCGGUUUAUAGUAAGGAAAGCAUUCGAUCCCGGAAACCUAUCCUUAAAUGCAAAAGCAAUACCCGCGCGGAAGUUGAAUCUUUGAGAGCAGAGGAUUGUGACAAGGUUGACGUUUUUGCAUUUUUGAAGUUCUUUGAACACCAUGAAGCCCAGCGACGGAGUGAGGAGCUGAGUUUGAGCAGGAUACGCGAACAGCAAUUAACAAAUUACUACGCUAAUGAUCAUGUGUAUAACUCAGCUAGGAGCGGGAGCUUGAAAUUCGCGGCCGUGGACUUUAAUAGAAGUAAAAAAGCUACGGAAAUUAACAUUGGCCGCGAGCUGAGGGGUCCUGAUAGAAGGAUUUCAAGUUGUCCUUCUAUGCGGGAUUGGGACCUUGGACGCAAAAGAAGAGGUGACGUCUCCCAACACUGUUAUUGA